AGGCUCAGUGCUCCCGGCCUCGGCGGCCGCGAGCGGGAGCGACGGAACGUGUUUCCAGGCGCGGAGGCUUUGCCUAGAGCCCACUGCGGAAGAGCGCAGUCCGGCAAGCCCCGGCCCUGAGACUGGACCCUCCGCGGAGCCAGGCAGCACUGUGACCGCUUCGCCUCGCCGGACUUCCCCGCCUCCUACCCUCUCAGCCUCUGCUGGAGAGACCCACAGCCCCACCAUUCAGCGCGCAAGAUAUCCUCCAGGCCCUCAUCACCUUUUUCCAAGUCAAGAUUUCAUCCCAUACACACAUGACUCAAUCAGAUUUGGAAAUGUGGAUAUGCCCUGCGUUCAAGCCCAGUAUAGCCCUUCGCCUCCAGGUUCCAGUUAUGCAGUGCAGACCUACGGCUCGGAAUACACCACGGAGAUUAUGAACCCAGACUACACCAAGCUGACCAUGGACCUUGGCAGCACUGAGAUCACGGCCACGGCCACUACGUCCCUGCCCAGCUUCAGUACCUUCAUGGAGGGCUACUCGAGCAACUACGAACUCAAGCCCUCCUGCCUGUACCAAAUGCAGCCGUCUGGGCCACGGCCCUUGAUCAAGAUGGAGGAGGGCCGCGCGCACGACUACCACCAUCACCACCAUCACCACCAUCACCACCACCACCACCACCAGCAGCAGCAGCAGCAACCUUCCAUUCCGCCCCCCUCCGGCCCGGAGGACGAGGUGCUGCCCAGCACCUCCAUGUACUUCAAGCCGUCCCCGCCGUCCACACCCACCACGCCAGGCUUCCCUCCGCAGGCGGGGGCGCUGUGGGACGACGCGCUGCCCUCGGCGCAGGGUUGCAUCGCUCCCGGCCCGCUGCUCGACCCGCCGAUGAAGGCGGUGCCCACAGUGGCCGGCGCGCGCUUCCCGCUCUUCCACUUCAAGCCCUCGCCGCCGCACCCGCCCGCGCCCAGCCCGGCCGGCGGCCACCACCUGGGCUACGACCCGACGGCCGCCGCCGCGCUCAGCCUGCCACUGGGAGCCGCCGCCGCCGCCGCCAGCAGCCAGGCCGCCGCGCUCGAGGGCCACCCGUACGGGCUGCCGCUGGCCAAGAGGGCGGCCGCGCUGGCCUUCCCGCCGCUGGGCCUCACGGCCUCCCCCACCGCGUCCAGCCUGCUGGGCGAGAGCCCCAGCCUGCCGUCGCCGCCCAACAGGAGCUCGUCGUCGGGCGAGGGCACGUGCGCCGUGUGCGGGGACAACGCCGCCUGCCAGCACUACGGGGUGCGCACCUGCGAGGGCUGCAAGGGCUUCUUCAAGAGAACAGUUCAGAAAAAUGCAAAAUAUGUUUGCCUGGCAAAUAAAAACUGCCCUGUAGACAAGAGACGUCGAAACCGAUGUCAGUACUGUCGAUUUCAGAAGUGUCUCAGUGUUGGAAUGGUUAAAGAAGUUGUCCGUACAGAUAGUCUGAAAGGGAGGAGAGGUCGGCUGCCUUCCAAACCAAAGAGCCCAUUACAGCAGGAACCUUCUCAGCCCUCUCCACCUUCUCCUCCGAUCUGUAUGAUGAAUGCCCUUGUCCGAGCUUUAACAGACUCAACACCCAGAGAUCUCGAUUACUCCAGAUACUGUCCCACCGAACAGGCCGCUGCAGGCACAGAUGCCGAACAUGUGCAACAGUUCUACAAUCUCCUGACAGCUUCCAUCGAUGUAUCCAGAAGCUGGGCGGAAAAGAUUCCGGGGUUUACUGAUCUCCCCAAAGAAGAUCAGACAUUACUUAUAGAAUCAGCCUUUUUGGAGCUGUUUGUUCUCAGACUUUCCAUCAGGUCGAACACUGCUGAAGAUAAGUUUGUGUUCUGCAACGGACUUGUCCUGCAUCGACUUCAGUGCCUUCGUGGAUUUGGGGAGUGGCUCGACUCCAUUAAAGACUUUUCCUUAAGUUUGCAGAGCCUGAACCUUGAUAUCCAAGCCUUAGCAUGCCUAUCAGCACUGAGCAUGAUCACAGAACGACAUGGGUUAAAAGAACCAAAGAGAGUAGAGGAGCUAUGCAACAAGAUCACAAGCAGCUUGAAAGACCACCAGAGUAAGGGACAGGCUGUGGAGCCCAGCGAGCCCAAGGUCCUGGGCGCUCUGGUAGAACUGAGAAAGAUCUGUACCCUGGGCCUCCAGCGCAUCUUCUACCUGAAGCUGGAAGACUUGGUGUCUCCACCUUCCAUCAUCGACAAGCUCUUCCUGGACACCCUGCCUUUCUGAACAGGAGCAGCCUGAGGGGGGAGCCGCCUCAUUGGCUAGUGCCUCCGACUUGCUAAGCAGCAGAGGAUUUGGGUCUGGACAC